AUGGGAAACCGAUUCAAGUUCUUCAUCAUGAUUCGUUCCAAAUUCGUCCCAACGACUUUUCCGAAAUUUCCCAUGGUCAAGCUGGACACGGAUGUCUUUGCGACCAUCCUAACCUACAUUCAUGACCCUGCUACCAUCUACACGCUCUUUCGAGUGUUCCCGAAGUCUCACCCACUUUUUCUGACCACCGUUGACCGUUUGUGGCAACUUCCCGUCAACCUCGACUCUUUCGACCCACGGGUAACCACAGCGUCAAAUCAUAUCCUCGACUACCUCCUCACGACCCCCGCUGAAGAAACGGAGCCCCACGGCUACCGCCUCCGCCAACUUGUUGUUCGCCUUGAACACGAAUCGCUGGAGAGCCGUGAUCAGCCCAACCCGCCAGCCAGCAUUUUAGCUCUGCGGGGUAGAAUUGUGGACCUGCUCGGGGUGGCACGUAAUCUCCGCUCGCUUGACUACCAUGGUUAUCCGGGUCUGCGACUGGACUCAGAUAUUCUAACGCCUUUGGCAAAGUUGGAAUGGCUUGAACAGUUUAGCACUGAUUGUGCACGAUGCAGUAGCGAGCAAGGGGUUCCUGCUAGUGGGGGAGACUAUGCGGCGCCUGGAGAACUGAGCGCAAAAUUUGACGCCGAAAAUUGGGACAUGGACACGACCAUCGGUCCAUCGCUUUUCUCGUUGGAGCUCAGACACAUAAACCAAACCAUGUUUGGUAUCAUGAAGACUAAAGUGGACGAGUUCAAAACAUACACGAAGCUGCGCAGGCUUGCGCUGGACAUAACAGAGGGUGUAUGGGACUGGGGUGGAGGUGGCUCACCAGCGAUGGGCGCGACACCAACUUACGAGUUCCCCUUCCUCGGUUUUCCUUCUGUUCGCUCUCUGGAGCUUGUUGUUUGCGAUAAGACGUUGUCAGCUCUGCGAACUGGACCACUGAACAUGGUUAAUUGCUCACUGUUAACCGAGCUUUACCUAGAUGUGCGAUACAGUAUCUGGUGGCUAGCCUUCCCAGACAUCCGUCUUUUCGGUGCCUUGGCCCCAUUGGAAAUGAGUUCCCUACGCGUUUUGGAGAUCAAGGACGGGACCAAGAAUUCGGUUCGCCACCACUGGUCUCCUAGUCAAGAUACCAACGGAUGGGAUCACGACGGCCGACAAUACCAUGGUCUUGUGUCGCGGUUCAUAAGCAACCUGCCGCAUCUGACAACUUUAUGGGUCGAUGAGCGUGUGUUGUUACCGGCAGGGAUUUCAGUGCAGCAGUUACUCGCCAAUCCACAAACCACAAAGAUAAUCAAGCACGCGGAAGCGUUUCAAAUAGUUCUGUCUCGCCUGACAAGUCUACGGGUGGGGUUUGGUCGUGUGGACGCCGUUGAUGUCCAGACUAUCCUUGAACGAUGUGAUGCGACCAAGCUAACGCAGUUCGGCUUCGAGUGGAAAUGGCAAGCCUAUGGGCAAAAUGAGACAAUCUCCACUCAACUUCUUGACAGUAUUGCACGUUUUCCCUUGCUUAGGGAUGUCCACAUUCUGUUCCCUCGUCCAGGAACUGAAACGAAUCAACUUGCGACCACAGACCCUCGCACGCUCACCGAUGUUGCUGCACUUUUUGCUUGUAACAAUACCAUCGCAACUGUUGGGAUCGGCCACUCCGUUAUUUGGGACAGGGGUUCUCCUCCGGUACUCGUCUGUGACGGCAAGCACGGGCUGCCGAAUGCCGCCGUUUCGAAGUUCUUCCAGGCAGGGUUCAUGUUGAAUGGACAAGAAGGACUAGUACCCGACUGCGAUAACUGUAUCCCUGAGCGACCAGACUUGAGAGAGGAAAUCGAACAACUGCGGGAUGUGCUGCGCGACAUUCUCACGUGA